GUUAGAAAAAAAUUUUUGAAUCGCCUUACGACUUCCAUUCAUAGAAAAUAUCAUAUUUUGUAAACAAUGUCAAAACCACACGAUGAUAAACCUGGCGAGGGUUUGCGAUCUAUGCGAUCAACUACAGCAUUUAGAGUGGUCAAUUUUGAACUAUACGCAAAACCCAAUAUAGUCAUAAUGAGCAUAGGACUGACAUGCUUUGGUUUGGCUCUAGGAUACAUUGCAUACAUGCGACAAAAAUAUGAAUCAAUGGGAUAUUAUUCUGCUAUUGAUAAAGAUGGAAAAGAGAUUUUUGAAAAGAAGAAAUCAAAAUGGGAUUGAAAUUAUAGAAUUUGUAAAAAUUGUAAAUAACUAUUAAUAUAUUGUAGUAAUAAAUAAUGGUUAAAAUAACAACAAUUUUCCUCAUACAAAAAAAGCACCACAUAAUUGAAUUUGGGGAUUUGAAACCUCUGGAACUUAAAUGGGAAGAAGCUUUUAAUAAAAUAAUACAUCAAUUGCAAGCACAUAAAUAAUGUAACUAGUAGACAUAGUUAACUUUCGUCUGCCCUCCAUACUAUCGUGUAUCACUAAUGUUGGUUUUAGUAAUCCAUCCAAAUCAGCUAAGAAUUACAGUAAAUAUUUGUCUCAUUUAAAUCUCUUUGUGGUCUAAUUAAGAUUUAACAUCUAAUAAGCUAUUUA